AUGUCUCGCUGCUUGCCGGAGUACAUUCGCGCGCUGUUCUUUUGCCGGGAAGUGAUUCGCGAAAUCGAACAUAGUGUUGGCUUUACUAUCCUAUAUCUAUCACGAUGUUUCGCUUAAGAUAAUAAUCACUACAAAUAACAGUGCCAUAUUUAACUCAGAUUUUUUCACAUUUUAAUUAUUUAUUGGAAGAAAUGGGCGAUAAAUAAUUAAGCUCUUUCUCACAUUUACAUCUAAAAAAUGAGUAAUUUAUAUAUCUUGUGCAUGUCAAUAACUCGGUGAUGCUGAUCAAAUAUAAAUCUUUUUACAAGAUUUUAUUAAAUAAAUUUCAGUCCCAUAUUAUCUAUCAUAUACAGCUUGACACGCUGCCCAUUUGAAAGGACACACCACUUCUGAAGUCAAUCUCACAAAAUUAUAUUUUUGUAUAGUUUUACAUUCAAAGCUCGAAUAGCUUGAUCACUCUAACUUCAUGCAUAGAUCCAUCAUGCGCUGGUGCACAACCGAGUAUUUGCAAAAGUGCCUGAUCACGCGCUGGCGCGUGAUGGACAGCGAACGUAUUAAUUGAUUACUCAAUAGAUUACUCAAUAAUUUCUCGUUAUAAAUUGUUUUCCUUUUUCUUUAAUAAAUUACAUCAUGUAUAUAAUUGUAUAAGUGUAAAAUAUACAUUUUAUAUAACAUCUAAAGAAAAUAAUGUUACCUGGAUUUAAGGGAAUUAAAGUCUCUUCUUUUGCCAUCAUUUACAGCUGAGCACUUGUCUUGUCAAGAUACCUUCUUAUUGAUGUCAUUGAUAAGAAUUUUCCUAAAAUGCAUUUACGUGCUCAUCCCAAGAACAGACUCAUCCUUUGCUUUUCAGUCAAAAUAUUGCAAAAUUAAGCUCGUUUUCGUAAUUAACAAAAUUGUUUUGGAUACACACAUAUGUUUACGAACUAUAAGGAGAAGUCAAGUUUGUUUUAUGAAUUCGGUGCUUCAGCAGUUCAACGAUGUAUCCAUUAAAUAUCUUAUUUUGCUAUGUGCUCCUGCUUGUUUCGUCCUCGGAGUCUCGAAGAAACUCUACGAACAACAAUGAGCAAAGAGAUAAUUUGCAGUACGAAUUCCGUAUCAAUUCUACAAAUAACGAUCGCAUGGAUUCGGUGCGAUACGAGUCUCACGGACACAUCAUGAAGGUUCAGGAUGAGAAUAAUCACACGUUUACGAAGUCUCGUGCGAAUUCUACAAAGGUCAAUAUCAUGGACAAUUCGACGUUGCAAGAAUUUCAUAAUAGUCUCACGAAGGCCGUAGGCGAGAGCGAUUUCACGUCGUACCAAUCAUAUGGAAAUUUUGAUAUAGAUGAUUAUAAUGAUACGAUCAUCAUUAUUUCACAUGAUGCUUGCGUCAACAGAACUUGCAUUCAACUCUGCUUUUGCGCUCUGUAA